UAGGACAGAGUUGUUACACCGGAACAAUCGGGCUGGGUACCAGAAAAGAGAGGAGACAACAGGAACCUGUCCGGGACCUGGCGAAGUACACAAAACUGUAACAGUGUCGUUCCCAUUUAGCUAAUAUUUAUUUUACAAGAGCGGAAACAGAGCUGUUAGUUACGUGCUUUCAGUCGGUCACACUGUGAAGACCAGCAGCAGCUAGCUUAGCUUAGCUGCUGGAAGGAACGAAAGAAGGAAACAGCCUGCAAUAUGAGGCUGAAAGUAGGAUUCCUUCUGCGGAGCUUACUGGUUAUUGGGACCUUUCUGGGUUUGGUGGUACUCUGGUCGUCUCUAUCUCCAAAGCCCAACGACGAAAGCCCCUUCCGGAAAAGGGAUGACAGUUUGCUCCCCCAAGGGGACUUGGCAGAUCAUUUUAAACCUGUAGUGCCUUGGCCUCGUGUGGAAGGUGUAGAGGUUGACCUGAACUCUAUCAGAGAGAAGCAUGGAGGAGCCAACCCUCAGGGCCAGGAGCAGCAGCCUAACCAGAAGCAGGUCAUCCAGCAGCAGUAUGUGACGUUCAGACCUCAGUCACAGGCCUACAACAGCCCUGUGCUCAAGCAAGGGAUCCUGGGAAAUUUUGAGCCUAAGGAACCUGAACCUCCAGGAGUCCCAAAUGGUCCUGGGGAGGGAGCCAAACCAUUUGUCUUGGGUCCAGAGUACAAAGACUCCGUCCAAGCUUCCAUUAAGGAGUUUGGUUUCAACAUGGUGGCUAGUGACAUGAUCUCACUGGACAGAACGAUCAGUGAUAUACGCCAUGAAGAGUGUAAAUACUGGCAUUAUGAUGAUAGACUAUUGACCUCGAGUGUCAUAAUAGUGUUCCAUAAUGAGGGCUGGUCCACACUAAUGAGAACGGUGCACAGUGUCAUCAAGAGGACGCCCAGGAGGUAUCUGGCUGAGAUUGUCUUAAUAGACGACUUUAGUAACAAAGUCCAUCUAAAGGAGCGAUUGGAGGAGUACAUUAAGCAAUGGAAUGGUCUUGUUAAACUCUUCAGAAAUGAUAAAAGAGAGGGGUUGAUACAAGCAAGGAGCAUUGGAGCCAAGAAGGCAACUAUAGGACAGGUUCUGAUUUACUUGGAUGCUCAUUGUGAGGUUGGAAUCAACUGGUAUGCUCCACUUAUUGGACCAAUUUCAAAAGACAGAACUGUUUGCACGGUGCCUUUGAUCGACUCCAUCCAUGGCCAGAAGUUCAACAUCGAGCCCCAAGGUGGAGGAGACGAGAACGGUUUUGCUAGAGGAGCCUGGGAUUGGAGCAUGCUCUGGAAGAGAGUUCCGCUUGGAGACAGGGAAAAAAAUCUGAGAAAAACAAUAACUGAGCCAUAUAGGUCUCCAGCAAUGGCAGGAGGUCUCUUUGCUAUAGAGCGAGAUUUCUUCUUUGAGCUGGGUCUGUAUGACCCUGGACUACAGAUAUGGGGAGGAGAAAAUUUUGAAAUAUCAUACAAGAUCUGGCAGUGUGGGGGCCAGUUGCUGUUUGUACCAUGUUCUCGUGUUGGCCAUAUCUACAGACUUCAAGGGUGGCAGGGAAACCCACCACCUGCACACGUUGGAUCCUCACCCACUCUAAAGAACUAUGUUCGUGUGGUAGAGGUAUGGUGGGAUGAUUAUAAGGACUACUUCUACGCCAGCCGUCCCGAAACUCUGACUCUAGCCUACGGAGAUAUAAGCGAUCUAAAACGUUUCAGGGAGGAGCAUCGAUGCAAAAGUUUCCAGUGGUUUAUGGAGGAAAUAGCUUAUGACAUCCCAUUGCACUACCCUCUUCCUCCAAAAAAUGUUGAAUGGGGGGAGAUUCGAGGUUUUGAUACCAGCUACUGUAUUGACAGCAUGGGGCACACAAAUGGAGGGAAUGUGGAAAUCGGCCCCUGCCACAGGAUGGGGGGGAACCAGCUAUUCCGGAUAAAUGAGGCCAACCAGUUGAUGCAGUACGACCAGUGCCUGACCCGAGGAGAGAAUUCAGCUGUUAUUAUCACACACUGUGAGAGGAACCAGCACACUGAGUGGAAGUACUUCAAGGAUCUUCAUCGGUUCACUCAUGUGCCAACAGGUAAAUGUCUGGACCGUUCUGACCUGCUUCACAAAGUGUUUAUAUCAGACUGUGACAACAGUAAAACCACUCAGAAAUGGGAGAUGAACAACAUAGUCGCUGUAUGAAGACUUGAGGAAAUCGCCUGGUCGAUGGGAGGAGGAUAUGGUGAUUUUUCUAAGGACAUGCACCACUAAAUGCAUCCAUACAGCGAGUUUUAUUCUCAAUGACUCAGCUGGGACUAUCAGCCAAAAAUGCCUUUGUUAAGGUUUGUCCUGGAUUCAACAGGAACUCACACGCUCCAAGGAAGAAUUGGUUGAUAGAGAAUCAGAAACAGCUGGUCCUUAGAAGGAGCUGUUGGGUUAACAUUAAACUGGCAACAUGUCUCUGGCCUUUAAUGGUGGUUGUGUUUACAUGGUUUCGUUUCUUUUUUCUUGGAAUCCUAAUCUUUGCUGUCACUGUCAGUUCAGGAAAUUAAACCCAAUCAACUAAUGACUUCACAGACAUUUUUAAUUCUGAUUUACUUACUCGAUACCAAAGGCAGACCAUUUGAUUGGUGAAGUACUCAGUGGUCCUGGACACUGCGUGGGUUUACUGCUUGCUUAGUUCUAUAAAACAGACUUGAUUGACUUUUUGGUGGGAAUGUGAUGUAAGAGCAACUAAAUAAUGUGACCUGAUGAUGACAGAUGAGAUAGUAGUUUAUUUUUGGCAGCUCAUUGUAUUUGUUUUUUGACUCCAUUGAAAUGAAUCUUUAACAGGCUAAUAGCAUUUCUAGGGUUUUAUUGUUUGGCUAUAAUUUUUUUGUUAUCACUUUUACACUAUCUGAAGCUUCCUACUCCAAAGUGAAAAAGUGAAAAAGAGAUACGCAGGUUUUCCUGAAGGACUUUUAUCAGUGGCUGUUUCUCCAAGCGCACCAUUCCAGGCACAAUUUCAGUUGUUUCAUGUCUGAAACUCUAUGCUUGCCAUUUAUUUCGAAAACUGUAAAGGACUUGGACUGCUUUCCUUACUGGAAUAACUUCAGGUGAUCAGUUUACUGUGACCUGGUGACAGCCUGUGACGAGAUGGGCUAAUCAAGUCUGAUAUACGGUGUGGGGAAAUGUUUGCAUUUGUUCCAGGGGAAAGAGGUUUGGGUUUAUUGUUGAUCACGUUUGCAUCAUUUUGUACAACAUAAAUGAAGUUCUUUUUAAAGAAGAUGGUGUAUUAUAUCAGAGGCCCUUAAUGAUGUAAAUAUCUAACUUAUAGCAGAGAUUUAAUAAUAUGGGCCAACCAAUGGGGGAAUGAUGAAAAAUAAACAAUUUGUACUA